UAAACAGGAGAGGGGUGAACAUUGAGAAAUGUUCAGCUGGCUGAAAUACUUCAGGCGUGGUUUUAAAUGUUUUCCUUAUGCACUCUGGCGGUCUUUAGAUUUCAGAAACGAGCAGCAAAAAGUAGUCUGUGUUGUGGUUACUGCCUAAAACUCAACCAAAACAGCUUUAGGUGAUGAAGGAAAACUGUCAAAGAUGGCCACGCGCUGCAGCAAUAAUGAGGAAAACUUGAAGGAUAUUCAAAACAACACAGACUUAAAUAAGGAAGUGAGGGAUCCUACCACCGAGAUGCUGCUCCCACCAGAUGUGGUAUGUGAUUCCUGCAUCGACAGCCCUAACAAGGCCCUAAAAUCCUGCCUGACCUGUCUGGUUUCUUACUGCGAAGCCCAUCUCAGACCCCAUCUGGAAAACACGAAAUUUCAAAACCACCGGCUUGUGGAUCCUCUGCACGACAUCGACUGUCGGACUUGUGAGGUUCAUCAGCUUCCUCUCGAGCGCUUCUGUCUGAUGGACGGCUGCUGUUUGUGUCUGGAGUGUGAGAAGGAGCACGAGGGGCACACGACUGCAUCUGUGGGGGAGGCACGGACACAGAUUGAGACUGACAUGCAGAAUAAACAAGAAGAGAUCGGUCAGAGCUCCUCAGCAGCUGAGAAAGCAAUUGGAAAGCUCCAGGACAACACUGACUUAAUAAAGUCUUCAGUGCAGGAGGUUUGUGUUAUUGUUGAACAGCAGUUUUCCAGGCUGCAGACAACUGUGGAGGAGGCCAGGAAAGGGGUGAAGGAGGUCCUGGAGGGAGAGCAGAGACAGGCCCUGAGACAGGCUGAGGGCAUCCAGGCACAUUUGGAGCAGAAGAGAACAGAGCUGCAGAAAACUUUGGCUCAAAUGAAUAAACUCUCCAGGAGCAAGUCAGAUGUUGACUUCCUGCAGGAGUACUCAGAGUGGAAGAAAGGAGUGGCAGAUGUAUGUCUGCCUAGUCCCUGCAUCAACCGCAUGAACCAUCUAACUUCCUUUGUCCAAGUUGUGACAGAUACCACCAAGGAGCUGUGUGACCUGAUACUCUCGUCUUGCACAGAAAGGCUGAAAUGUAAAAGUGGUACUAAAUCCCUGAUGCAAGAAUCUGAACCUUCAGCAUUGCCUGAUCCCGAGACCCGAGAGGACUUUUUAAAAUACACAAGGAGUUUGACCUUUGACCCAGACACCACCCAUCAUUUUCUCCGUGCAACGGAUGGCAACAGAAAGCUGACCAACACCAGCCCCUGGCAGCACAGCUACCCAGAACACAUUGCUCGCUUUGAUUAUUGGCGUCAAGCAAUGACUUCGGACAGCCUUUACUUGGGGAGGCACUAUAUGGAAGCAGAGCUAAGUGGGGAGGGAGCACAUGUAGGAGUCACGUACAAGAGCAUCGAUCGGAAGGGAGAGCAAAGCACCAGCUGCAUCAGUGAGAACGACUUUUCCUGGUGCAUGGGAAGGAACAGCCGAGGCUUCUUUGCCUGGCAUACUGGUGUGGAGACGCCUUUGGGUGGCACUGAUAUCACAAGAAUUGGCUUGUAUGUAGAUUUUGAAAGGGGCUCUCUGUCUUUCUUUGAUGUAACAGGUCCUAUGCAGCUGCUACACAAGUACAUGGUUGAUUUUAUAGAGCCCUUAUAUGUUAUAGCCUGGCUGUCAAAGAAAGACAAUGUCAUUUAUCUUGUUUAAGCUAAAUGUUCAGCUGCCUUCACUGAAAGCUUGUUAAAGAGUAUAGAGUGCCUUAUAAAUGUUUAUUGAGGUUACAUAACAAGUUAUCUAAUUUUAUUGUUCAUAUGGAGGAUUUUUUCACAUACAUGUCAGUUAAGGUUACAUUUACUACCAUCUAGUGGCAACUCUGCAACAUGACUUAAAAGACCUGCGCAGCAGUAGGUGUGUUAGGAAUGUACUGCAGCUUUACUGCUCUUGAAUUUAAAACAGAUGGUGAAAAAAAAGUACACAAAUGUCUGCCAGCAUUUCUUUUAUUUGCCUUUCAUAUACACUUGCUGAAAAAAAAGCAAUAAAGCUUUAAGAGGAUUUUUUUUGUCUAUGAAGUGUCAGUAAAAUCAUCAAGUUAAUACCAUUAAGUCAUUUUUUUAAAGUAUUGACAUCUUAAAAGUUUACUUGUUCACCUUCAGGCAUUAAAAUCAGUUUCAUUAUCAUCAUAAACCGGAUUUACAAAGUGCACACCUGACUGAGUCAUGGAGAUUGAAUUUUUUGUUUCAGUCGCAUACAGUCCAGGAACUUUAGGCAUCAAGUUUGGCUUGUUAAAAAUUGGAUUAUCAUAACCGUGAUCAAUAGGCCCAUUGAGGUCUUCCUCAUCUCUGCUUCUCCUAAAGCUGCUCAGGGAUGGCAGGGAUGGCAGGGAUGGCAGCGAUGGCAGCGAUGAUGGCAUUUGAAUAACCCCUCUACGAAUCAGAAAGACCAAAGUGAUUAUGAUUGAAAUCCCAAUCAAAACUCCAAACACAGUUCCAACCACCAUCCCAGCACUGCCUCCAGUCUGAUCGCUGCUGUUCCCGGAGGAGGCUUGAAAUUCAGCCUCAGUGAUACCCAGGCUUGAGCCAUGAGAGCGUGCAUCCUUCAAUAUGUCCCUGGCCAGACCCUCUGACUGUGUUCCCUUCUCUCCAUCCACAAUAACCACCUGGAUUUCAGGUGAGGUACCAAAAGGGAUGAUCCCCAUCAACUGCUGUGACUUGAAGAUUUUAGACAUGCCCAGCUGAAUGGAUUUGUAUUUUGGCAAAACUAGAAAUAGGUGGUGGAUUCGUUGCCUGUAAGUUUGCAGGUUGAAACCAGUGGCAAAAUGGAUUGUGACAAUGGCACCACAAACUUCACAGCAGUGUCCGACAGGGAGGAGAGGCUUCUUACAGCCCAGAGAGGCACAUUGAACAGUGCUACAGAUACGCUUAUGGUUUACAGAAUUCCCACAGGCGCAGCCAGAAGGAUCUCCACACUCUUUGUUCCCAAUAGUGACAGCAGAGGACCCGUGAAACUGCAGCCGGCCUGAACGUGAGCUGAGAUAUUGGGUGAACUCAGAGGUGCUUUCAUACUUCUUCCCCAGCACAGACACAGAUUUGACAGGAACAGAAGACUGACUGGUGCUGGUGUCCACCCUGAAUGAAGAGCUGGCUUUAAAAACCACAUCGUCGUACUGGCAAGGGACACUCUCCUCGUGGACUGAGAACAAGACGUUUCCAUGCUGCAGGUCAUCCAGGGUUGCAGACCCCUGCCACAGAGCUGGGUUUAACCAUUGAAGAGACUCAGAAUCUUUGAACUUUGUCGUAACACCCGCUCCGCAGCCCGGAUCCUGUCCACUCACAACAUAAAAUCCAGCUCCUGAAUUCAGGAUGAACUCUCCAUCCACUGGCAGCCUCAUCUCCUGCACAGCAUGUGUGGUCUCCACAAACACGGACACUUUUCUCUGGACUAGAAACUGAACUAUGUCGUUGCCACAUGGAACAGAUUCUUUGUCCCAGUUGGUCUUGUUCUCAUAGUUGGUGUCAGGAAUCCACUGUUUGUACAGGGAAUCCGAUGUCCCGACAAGACAGAAGAGGAGAAGAAGCAUGUCUGUUGUUUUCAGCAUCCUGAAUGUUUGUGACGGGCUGAGAGAACAUUAGGUGAACUUUGUUUCUAACCUUGUGACUGACACAUGAGUGCACACCAAUAAACAGUGAGGUUGGUGAGCUCUGAACUACA